GUUCCACGUGUAUUGUCGACUACUGCAGUUCUACCAACUGUUUAAAAGGAUUUUGAUAAAACGUGUGGAAUGAAGUGGUGGGUAAAGUUGGUUCUCCAGGUUGGAACUCCAUUGCUCUUCUCUCCAUUCCUGUUCACAUCAAGCACUGCAUUAAAAUGUGCCUUCGUGGUUCUAGUAAUGGCGGUUUAUUGGACUUUAGAGCUAGCUCCACUUCCAGUAACUUCAAUGUUUCCUGUUUUCAUGUUCCCAUUCCUUGGUAUACUAGAUACCAACACUACCUCUACCAUCUAUCUCAAGGGAACAAACAUGAUGUACAUGGGCAGUUUGAUGAUGGCUCUAGCAGUGGAAGAAUCAGGACUGCAUAAGAGAAUUGCUAUUAGAGCACUCCUGGUGGCAGGAACUGGAACUAGCAGGAUUAUGUUUGGGUUUAUGCUUCCAACAGCGUUCUUGUCUAUGUGGAUUUCCAAUGCUGCUGCUGCUGCAAUGAUGCUUCCUAUAAUGGAAGCUGUUUUAGAGCAUUUAAAUCUUAAACACAAACACAGGACAAUGAUGCUUUUAAGUGUUGCCUAUGCUGCAAAUGUUGGAGGAACAGGAACGAUAAUAGGAACUCCACCUAAUAUGAUUCUAAUGGAGUUUCUGCAGCCAUAUGUAGGCCAACCAUUGAAUUUUGGAAGUUGGAUUCUGUUUGCAGUUCCUCAAUUAGUUCUAAACCUUGUAUUCGUUUGGACAAUCCUUCAGAUUUACUUCCUGGGAUCUGAAAUCCGGUUUCUUCUCUACAAACAGCAAACUCCUGAUUUAGGAGUAAAAAAUAUAUUUCUAGAAAAAUAUAAAUCUCUUGGUCCGAUGUCUUUUCACGAGAAAUCAGUUUUAUCCCUCUUCUCUACACUUGUCCUCAUCUGGUUUACCAGGAAUCCCGGAUUUAUGCCGGGUUGGGCAGAGCUUCUGCAAUCACAAAAUGCCCAGGGUAAGACGAUAACCAUAGGUUCAGCAUCUCCAACCAUCCUGGUAGUCUCCCUUCUCUUCCUCAUACCCAGGAACCCGAAAGAAAAUCCAGAUGCUGGAACACUCCUCACUUGGGAACAGGUUCGAACCAGGUUCCCUUGGGGGAUUAUACUUCUCAUGGGGGGAGGUUUUGCACUGGCAGAAGGAUCUAAAGCAUCGUGUCUGACUGAGCUAGUUGGAAGUCAGCUGAGACCCCUCUCUGUUCUCCCAGCGCCUCUGGUCCUCAUGGCACUCUGCCUGAUCACAUCAGCUGUGUCGCAGAUAGCUUCUAACUCUGCAACAACCAGCAUGGUUCUUCCAGUUGUUUUAAACAUGGCAACUGUAUUACAGGUGAACCCGCUCUACCUGGCUCUAGGUGUAACACUGACUGCAAGCAAUGCAUUUAUGCUACCUGUCUCCACCCCACCAAAUGCCAUUGUUUUCUCUUCGGGUGGGAUCAGGAUCCUGGAUAUGAUCUGUGUUGGUAUCAUGUUAAACCUCUCCUCCCUGGUGGUAACCUUGCUCUCUCUCCACACUCAUGGUACUCUUCUCUUCAACCUGGAGCAGUUCCCAGCUUGGGGGAAUAUUACGCUCAGCGCUGGGACAUCCUGCAUAAACUAGAUGUAAUCUCCUCCCAGUAGAUGUAAUCUGCUCCCAGUAUCUGUAAUCUACUCCCAGUAUCUGUAAUCUACUCCCAGUAUCAGUAAUCUGCUCCCAGUAUCUGUAAUCUACUCCCAGUAGAUGUAAUCUGCUCCCAGUAUCUGUAAUCUACUCCCAGUAGAUGUAAUCUGCUCCCAGUAACUGCAAUCUACGCCCAGUAUCUGUAAUCUACUUCAAGUAGAUGUAAUCUACUCCCAGUAUCUGUAAUCUACUUCAAGUAGAUGUAAUCUACUCCCAGUAGUUGUAAGCUGCUCCAAGUAUCUGUAAUCUACUCCUAGUAGAUGAAAUCUGCUCCUAGUAUCUGUAAUUUACUCCCAAUAGCUGUAAUCUGCUCUCAGUAGCUGAAAUCUACUCCCAGUAGCUGUAAUCUACGCCCAGUAUCUGUAGUCUACUUCCAGUAUCUAUAAUUUACUCCCAUUAUAUGUAAUCUACUCCCAGUAGCUGUAAUUUACUCCCAGUAUCCGUAAUCUACUCCCAUUAUCUGUAAUCUACUCGUAGUAUCUGUUAUCUAUCAUCAGUAUCUGUAUUCUUCUGUCAAUAGUUGUAAUCUACCCCCCCAGCACCCUUUUUUUACCCUAAAAAAAGACUUGGGCAUUGAACGUUUUUGAUUUAAAUUCUUUGGUAGAGUCAACUCAAAAUAUUAUUGCGGUGAUCGUUCAAUAUCCCAUUUCAAAAUUUGUCAACAUGUCAUUUAAGAAAAAUAUUUUUGAGCCUCCAUAUCCUGAUAAACUAUUGAUAAACUAUACCGGUGAAUUGUGCUUCAAAGGACAUAACAAAACUUUUUUCUUUUUGCAUUUUUAUCUAAGAUUUUUAUCUACAAAUGUGUUAAGAUUGUCCCAUGAAAUAUGCAAGAUGAGAGGCGACUUGAAGAUCGUCUUUGAUAUUUGAAACAAUUUUCUAAAUUUGGACAAAAUCCUUAAUAUCUUCAGUGACUCUGACAGCAAAAAAAAGACAGACGACAUUUUGGAAUUGCUAUGUUAUUUUGGGCAUUUUGUGUAAAAGUUAACACAUGAAUUUUGCAUCUGAAAUUUAUUGGUUGAGAAUUGAAUGCUACUAACCAUUUCAAAGAUCAAAGACGAUAUUCAAGUCGUCUCUCAACAGUCAUGUUUCAUCGCUAUCUAUGAGUCUGCAGCCGUGUGGCUGGCUAUAGGGAAUAUAAAUACGAAUGUCUUAUUUUUUAUAUAGAUAACUCUUCACGGCAUUUAAAGGAACUACAGGGUUACCAACAAAGCAUGAAACUUCAUGACGACUGUG